GCCUUCCCUCUUCAUUCAUGAGCCAAAUCUCUCUGUCUGUCUCUCUCUCUCUUUCUCUGAGCUUUUUGCGGGCGGUGAGCUGAGCAGUUGUAGAAUCUGCGGAUUGCGGAAGGUUACCGGUCAGUGGAUCGAUCAUCACCAGUUUCCUCAUGUGGAGAUUGUAGCGUGGCUUCAUUGAUUUUUCUCGAGCGGAGCACGGCUGCGUCUGGCAAUGGCGGAACUGCUGCUGAACAGAAUUUUUAUCAAGAGGAUGAUAUUAGAUUGGAGACAACCCGAGCCAGAUUUUCAGAUGUUCUUAAAAGGCAUGCAGAAUUAUCAGAGCGUCUUUCUAGGGAUUCUGAUAAAAUGGUUUUUGAGCAUCUACAAAAGGAAUUUGAUGCUGUACGUACUUCUCAAUCUCAAGAGAUUUUUCUGGAUGGUGAGCAGUGGAACGAUGGCCUUCUAGCAACUAUAAGAGAGCGGGUUCAUAUGGAGGCAGAUAGGAAGGUUAUGCCGGGGGACUUCUCUUCAGGUGCUGACUUUCUGGAAAAGAUUACAUAUAAAGCUGGAAACAAGGUAAUUUGUGGUCUAGAAGGGGCCAGAAUUGGCAUCCAGUAUGAGACAUUUUUUGCAGGAGAGCCAUGUGAAAUAUACCAUGUUGUUCUCGAAAGCAAAUCAUUUCUUGAAAAGAUGACUGUACAGGAACAUACAGUUCCUUUCUUUCUGCCAAUACGAGAAGUAGAAAAUGAUCUUCUUUCUUCCAAUGCAAUGAAAUUCAUAGAUCAUGUCGGAGAACUUCUGCAGGCUUAUGUGGAUAGACGAGAACAGGUUCGUCUUAUUAAGGAGUUGUAUGGAAACCAAAUUUUGGACCUUUAUAACAGUCUUCCAUUCCACAUGAUUGAAUUCGUAUUGGAUGACUCCGACUGCAAGAUAACUGUCACUCUGAGGUAUACAGACCUUCUCUGCGUACUCCCAACACGAGCCAGAGUCUUAGCGUGGCCAGUUCAUCACUCAAGGAGAAACUGUCCUAGCCCGGGUUCCAUUUAUAACCGGAAAGGAAAUGGUGUCUUUGGAAGUCAACCAUCCCCAAUUCGUCUUUCUUAUGCUGAGGAGGCCUUCCGGAUGAUGAGCUUGCCUGAAGCAUAUGCAGAACUAGUAUUGAAUCUGCCACAAGUUCUGGAACAGAUAUUGCAACAGAAGGGUGCGUAGUAGUUGGUAAAUCUUUCCUUGGUUCAGGCCCGACUGUACAAAGUAGUUGCCGAUAGUUGACGUUGAAACAUCAUGGGCUUGUAAUGUCAUGUAUUCCUCUGGUUCAGAGCUUAUUAUUUGCUGAACGGAGUACCGUUGCCUCAUUUUGAUCUUCUAUAUCAUGUGAGCCAUUGUGAAAGAUCUCGUUUCUGCAAAACUCGGGGGACAUUGAAAGCCGGCCUUUCUUUGUGGCAAUUGAAGCCUAUGUUUUGUAGUUUCAGGCCUGCUUCAUGUUUCCUGGCCGUUUGACCUUUGCUGAAACGCGUUCUGUCAGAAGAAACAUUUUACUUCUGUAUAUAUGGUAUCCCUACUUUU